AUGCCGAGUAGAUACCCAGGAGCAGUGACGCAAGACUGGGAGCCAGUGGUGCUACACAAAUCGAAGCAAAAGAGUCAAGACCUGCGAGAUCCAAAGGCGGUUAACGCAGCGCUCAGGACCGGCGUCUCGGUACAGACGGUGAAGAAAUUCGACGCCGGUUCGAACAAAAAAGGGAAAUCCACGGCUGCGCCGGUGAAAAACCCGAAGAAACUCGAAGAGGAGACAGAGCCUUCCGCGAUCGAUCGCGUGAAAGCAGAGGUAAGAUUAACGAUACAGAAGGCACGACUGGAGAAGAAGAUGUCACAAGCAGAUCUAGCCAAACAGAUCAACGAGCGUACUCAAGUGGUUCAGGAAUACGAAAACGGUAAAGCCGUUCCGAACCAAGCCGUGCUCGCUAAAAUGGAGAAGGUUCUAGGUGUUAAACUCAGGGGUAAAAAUGUAAAAUAA